AACUUCAUUCUUUCGGCUCUUUCGAUUCUGGCUCAGACGAUUAUGGAUAGGUCGUUUUUAUUGCUAUAUUGUCAUUGAUAGCAAAGGUGGUAGCAAUCCCAGUUUGGGCGAUAGAGUCAAGUGUAUUUGGAGAGGACAUAAUUGUUUCAUGAG